AUGAUUUCCAAAACGACUCUGAUCGCUUUAUUAGCCGUUUUCGUCGUUGUUUUCUCGAGCAACUGUGAUAAAUGUCAGAAAAUGGUCGGCAACUGUCGAACGCAAUUCAACAACGAUUUCACGAAUGUGAGCGCCGAUCAGCUGAAGAGUUGCAUGGAUACGCAAUGCGACAAGGAGUUCUCCGGAUUCGAGAAAAGCGCAUGCAAGAGUGCAAUGGACAAAGACAAGAACGAGCUGCUUAAAGCUUUUCAAGGCGGUGAGACAAAUCAACAAAUUUGCAAGCAAGCCGGACUCUGU